UCUGUAAGUUUAGUUUCAUAAUAGACAAUAGCAUGCUAUACAGCAUGCUUAAUCAUAAUUUAGAAUAGUUUUACUUCAUAACAUUACAAGUUAUUUGAUACAAUAUUACAUUAUGUUUCAGAGAGAUGGGGAGACGGACGAAAGGAUGGUUGCUCGGUGACCAACGGGGACUCUGAUCGGGGACGGUAUGGGCAACAAGCUGUCUUGUUCCUGCGCCCCCCUCAUCAGGAAGGCCUACCGCUACGAGGACUCCCCGUGGCAAGCUUCCCGGAGGAGGGAUGGACACCUCCUCAGGUUGUGGGCGGAGGUGUUCCACGUCUCCUCCAGCGGGGCUGGAACGGUGAAGUGGCAGCAGGUUUCGGAGGAUUUGGUACCGGUCAACAUCACGUGUAUCCAGGACUCACCAGAGUGCGUCUUCCAUAUCACCGCCUACAACAGCCAAGUCGACAAGAUACUAGACGUUCGACUCGUUCAACCAGGCACCAGGAUCGGACAGGCUUCGGAAUGUUUUGUCUAUUGGAAAGACCCAAUGACAAACGACACAUGGGGCCUCAACUUCACCUCUCCAAUAGAUGCUAAACAAUUUAGGGAAUGUUGCUCACCGUCUUUUAAGUUCUCCCGUAAAGCUAGUUCUUCGUAUUCGCUAAAAUUAGAACCACCAAACAAACAGAACAAGACCAAAGCGAAAAGGAAACCCCUGAGUACCCCGGCCUCACCGAGCAGAAGUAGGGAACCACAAUGCACAUGCAUGACCGCCGAUCAGUACGCCAGGCUCAGGGCUCAAGAUCCUAGGUACCGAGGUUCAUCUACCCUACCCAGAACGACACCACGAGUAAGCGACAUCACCGAUGGAAGAUCUUCAGCUCUUGGAGACAAAGUGACGGCAGCGACUUCGUCAACGUCGCUGUACGACAACGUCAAACCACGUCAAACGAGAGAUCGGGAAACUAGCACAGGACCGUCGCAUACAGCAGGCUCACAGACUGAUGACGAGAGGGUGAUGCCCGGUGGAGCUGAUGGAUGCACCUGUUAUAACUUUGACCUGUUGCCGGGACAGCAGAGUGGUUCAGAAGGCUCGGCUCUCAAAAGUGAAGGUACGCAAGCAGGUGUCUCUGCCGGAAAGACUAGCACUGGAACUUGCACACCUAGACUCAUCAGAGAUUCAACUACACAAUCGGGAAAAGAAUAUUCAGAAGAAGGAAAUGAUAUGGUUCGGGAAGCUGAAGUCAGGCAAGCAAAUAAUAACAAUAUCAACAAUAUAAAUAACAACAAUAAUAAUAACAAUAAUAGAAGAACCACAAACAGAAAAGAAACAGGAGGGAGAGAAAUGAGUUUGGACUCAAACACCUUGAAACGAAUGCUCAAACCUAUGAGUUCUCUAGAAAGUCCAGUAACAUCUCCUGAGAUGACUCGACGACGAUACAAUUACUAUAAUCAUUAUCAAGGAACUGGUCAUCCUAACAACAACAGGGGAGGACGGGAUGUGAUGUCAGAAACUGAAUCUGGAGGAAGACAUCGGAGCAGAUUCUCAGGCUCACGCUCAUCACAUGAAAUCGGCCGAAGCAGUAGCAGCGGAGGUGGUGUCAACAGUAACAGAGGCGGAGGUGGAGGAGGCCAGCUUUACCUCGAACUGGGAGGUGACGCUUCCCCGCCCUCUGACCACGUUCUCUUUGACAAUCAAUGCUACGCAACCACACCCAGUUCUAGCAACGGGAACUCCGACAUGGAGCAGCCAACCGGGCGAGGUAGCAUGGUCACUCUUCAAAACAACCAGACACACUAUCAAAAACACCAAUCUCACUUUCUUGCAUGGAAUUUUUAUUUUCACAAAUAA